CUUAUUAAUGUGUGCACGCUCGCAAGCCAUCGGCAAUGUGUCGCUUCAGCAACAGAGCUUCCAGGCCUAUUGGCGCCUAUUUACUGCCCACGCAUACAAGAAAUGGCGUAGGACAUCGUGCGUCACCCGCAGUGGGACCACAGGGAGCAGCUGUAGUCGCUGCGGGCGCCUUGAAGUCCUUGGCGGAAGGUCCCUGGGUCGAUGGCAUGCAUCAAGCGACACCCCUUCACCUCGCGACGACUCUGCAAUGUGCUCGCCACCGAACCUUCACGGGCGCAUGCACGCGAGACAAAGGCCAACGGCGGCAUAGCAGCGACCUAAAGGGGGGAAAGCGCUGUCACUUUCAGCUGUCAGCUGUCAGAGUCCGGGCUGUCGACGAAAGGCAGGCACCAUAGCGCCCAAUGGCCCCGGUUCUCUGGUUGGCGUGGGUGAACCAUUAACCGACUUGCUUCAGCGUCGCCUUAAUCCCAGAGAACAUCAAUGCCGGCACACCAACGGCGCGGGGGCUGCGGCCACGGAGGCCGUGGCGCACUUUCAUCAGCAGCAGCAAUGCGCCGGCGUGUUAGGGGCGUCGCGAACGGCGCGAUCGGCGCGUUGCCUGGCGCCAUAAUCAACGGCGGUGGCAGCUGGGUGCGCAUGCUGCCGCUGGUAUUCCUUGUAACUCUGCUGGCGGCGGGCUGUUUGCGAGUGGAGUCCCGGCGGCUGAGCGGAGCGGAGAAUGCCGCCGCCAGCACGAAUGCAGCCCAGCCACCGUCGGUGCCAGCGCCAUCUGGCAGCGCACCCGACCCUUGGCUUGCGGCCCCAGAUCCAGCUGCCACCCCAGUUCCGGCCGAAGCUGCCAGCUCAGAGCCGGCGUUUGCUGCGGCCGUUGCGCCCGCGGCAGCACCGGCGCCGCUUCCGCCUCCGCCUCCACCUCCCGUGCCACCUCCACCGCCUCCUUCUCCGCCUCCGCCACCCAAAAUCACCAUCCUCGUAUCCGACGGUGGCACGCUGUCUGGGGCAGCCAGCUCGCCCGAGCUCGGAGACAGCAUGAAGCAGAGUGCGAGUCCGCCCGGGGCUGAUGCAAACGCCAAUGCCAACGGUACCACCAGCGACACGGACCUAAUGUCGCCGCUGAUGGCAGGCAACGUGACGGGCCUGCUGGCGGACCUGCCUCCGGGCAGCUCGGCGGCGGUGUCGUCGUACGGGCUCAAGAUUGACGACAUGGCGGGCAUGGUGGUUCCCAAGGGCUACCCCCUGGAACAGCACGUGGUCAUCACCAACGACGGCUACAAGCUGGGCACCUUCCGCAUACCCUACGGCAGGUCCGGCCCCACCGGCAAUGUGCGGCCGCCCGUGCUGCUGAUCCAUGGCAUUAGCCUGGUCUCCACCUGCUGGGUGCUCAACAGCCCGGCGGAGAGCCUCGCGUUCAUUCUGGCGGAUCAGGGGUACGACGUGUGGAUGAUGAAUACCCGGGGUAACACGUUCAGCCGGUCACACACGUUCCUACGUGACACGCAACCCCGGUUCUGGAACUUCGCCGUGGACGAGAUGGCGCUCAUUGACUUCAGGGAGACACUUAAAUACGUGCAGGACCAGACGGGAGUCAAGAAGAUUGGCGUGGUGGGACACAGCCAGGGCGCAACGCUGGCCCUCAUGGCCCUGGCAGUGGACCCGUGGCUCAGCGAGAGCGUGGCGGUGCUGGUAGCUAUGGGGCCAUGCGCCUACGUACGGCUGAUGAAGAGUGUGAUCCUGAGCUCCUUCUGCCGGCAAGCCAACACGUCGGCGAUGAUGAACUUGCUGCCGCCGCAAGAGCUCAUCUACAUGAGUGCCGAGAUGCAGCAGACCUUUCUCAACGGCGCAUGCCAGAUGCCGGGCACCAUGCUGAGCUGCCUGACCACCAUGGAAGGCAUCUUUGGGGCGUCACGCCGCAUCAGCGCCGCGCAGUACAGGCGCUACUGGCAGAUCUGGCCCUCUUCUACAUCUCUCGGCAACGCGUUGCAGUGGAGUGAGAUCUACAACGAGCCCAAGCCCCGCUUCUUCCGAAAUAACUACGGUUCAGAAUAUGACCUGAGCAAGGUGAAGGCGCCGGUGGUGAUGUUAAGUGGCACUGCGGACGUUCUGGCGGCGCCUGAGGACGUAGCCAUGCAGGUCCGCAACCUGCGUGAUGCCAUCAAGGGGGAGCACAAGGUGGCAGACUACUCGCACAUGGACUUCAUCUGGGACACGGGCGCUAGCAAGACCGUGUACCCCAUCAUCACCCAGACGUUGGCAACGGCCUUUUCCUCAUCGUGACAGACACAGCGGCGCUCGGGCUCGAAGCGGCACCAUGCUACAGCGCCUCGUCACGGGAACUAGUGGUGCAGCGGGGCCGUGAUGAUUCACUGUUUGGAUACCGGAGGUAUCUAGGGCGGCAUCGUGAUACGGGGUCGUGAUGUUUGCUGUUGUUGCAGCGCCUCCCCCCUCCCCCCACAAACGGUGCCAGAAGUGCCGGAAGGCACGUUGAACAGCAGAGUCCGACUGCAUCCUGCUACUGGAGCGUUCAACAGUGUGAGUGAUCCGACCGUACGCUAGCUAGACAGCAUACGCCAGUUGGGUUGCGGAAAUGCGGACGCAAUUUAGGAAGAGCGCACGGCGGCACGGCGCGGCAUGCUUGGGGACGCGGCGGACUCCAGUGGGCCGUGUGGGCAGGCGGUGCGUUCGUGAAGCUCCGAGGUCGGUUCCUGGUUGGUAAUCUGGGUAGGCCCUGGCCCUACCCGACGGACUGUCUGUGUCUGUGUGGGCAGGCCUCGUGGAGAGCCGUGGUGGGAAGCUGGUGAGGGCGUAUGGACAAAUUGUAGCGGCUGUGCGUGUUCCUUUUGGGAGAAACAGGGGUUUAAAUUUGCGGGCGUUUUGGCAUGCGAGCGUGGGUUAUGUCAUGGUGUUAAGGGUGGCGUGCCCUAGGCUCUGGACUACCGUACGCAGGCAGAAGGCUCCUGCCAGCUCCCGCCAUCCCCGAGCGGCCCUCAGGAAAGCCGAGCAGGAUAUCCCGCGGUGUCCCUGUGUUACAUGUCUGUUGAUCCCCUACGCCCCUGGCAUCGGUCGCAGCACCUGGAUGGUCCCUUUAAUCGUUCUCGC